CCCAUUCUCCCUCCCCUCCCACCAUCGCCACUCUUUCUAAUCAUCCCUCUUCGUCCAGUUAUAUAAUCCAGAACAAAAAAACCUUUCAGCUUCUCUUCCACCUUCUUUAUUUAACUCCUCUCCACCGUGGUUGCCACGGCUUCGCUAUAGGAUCAUUUGUCAUCAAGCAAACGAAAACUAAGAUGGCAGUUGGAGAGUGCUGCUACUUCCGUAUAAAACUCCUCCUCCUCCUCAUUUUAUUCCUCCAUAGAUCUUCCUUCCUCCUUGCCCACUCCAGCACUUCACUCCAAACCCCGCAAAGAGAGACCAUAGAAAUCGGCGUCGGCACCGGCUCUGGCAUCGGCGGCGGCGGCGGCGGCGGCGGUGGUGGUGGUGGCGGCAGAGACCCCCAGCCAUCUGACUUCCCCAACCCGAAGCAAUACUACGCCUACAUAGUAAUCCAGCGCUUCAAGAAGACCAUCACCUGCGACCCCAACAACGUGACCGGGACCUGGGUCGGCAACCUCCCCUGCACCUACCAAGGAUUCUACUGCGAGGCCCCGCCGGACUCCCCCAACACCCCGACCAUCGCCUCCGUCGACUUCAACGGCUUCCACCUCUGCGCCCCGACCAUCGCCGGCUUCAUCGACCAGCUCCCCGACCUCGCCCUUUUCCAUGCCAACUCCAACAACUUCACCGGCACCAUCCCCGAUCUCACCCCCCUCCAAUACUUCUACGAGCUCGACGUCAGCAACAACAACAUGUCCGGCUCCUUCCCCGGCAACGUCCUCCCCCUCGCCAACCUCACCUUCCUCGACCUCCGCUUCAACCUCUUCGCCGGCACCGUGCCUUCCUCCAUCUUCAAUAUCGCCCUCGACGUCCUUUUCCUCAACAACAACAACUUCAACCAACCCCUGCCUGCCAACCUCGGCUAUACGACGGUGGCCUAUUUAACCUUGGCCAACAACGGCUUCACCGGCCCCAUCCCGAAAUCCAUAUCCAAGGCCGGGAGCACUCUUCUCGAAGUGCUCUUCCUCAACAACCGGCUUUCAGGCUGCCUGCCGUAUGAGAUCGGAUUACUAAGUGAAGCGACCGUGUUCGACGCCGGAUUUAAUCAGAUAACCGGGCCGAUCCCGCUUUCCUUCGGAUGCCUGCAGAAGGUGGAGCAGCUGAACUUGGCCGGCAAUUUUCUCUACGGGAACGUGCCGGACGUCGUGUGCCGGCUUGCGAAGACGGGCCAGUUGGCCAACUUAUCGCUCUCGGGGAAUUACUUUACGUGGAUCGGGCACAGCUGCUGGGAACUGGUAAAGAGCGGGGUGCUGGACGUGCGGCAGAACUGCAUACCGGGCUUUCCCGAGCAGCGGCACCCGGCCGAAUGCUGGUGGUUCUUCGCGCAGCCCAAGCACUACUGCCCCUUCUUGCACUUCAUUCCGUGCGAGUGCCCCGUCCCGCCGGCAACGCCUCGGACGCCGGAGGCCAUGCAGCGGCAGGCGGAGGCUCCGCACCCGUACACGGCCUACAAGGCGCUUCACCGGCGGGAUGGCAACUAAUAUGGAUGCUCUGCUGGAAUUAUUUUCUCCAUUAUGAUCAUGGUUGUAUCCUUAAUUAACCGUCAAUAAGAAGAGAGAAUACGGCCAGGAAGCACCAGUUAAUGCGACCUAUUCUAUGAUUUGUUGUACUUAAUUUGAAGCCGUGACAGGUUUGUUGCCGUCUGUUUGUAUGCGAGGGGAAUUGUGGAAUGGAAAAGAAUGUUUGUGAUUUUAUGUGCUAGAAA